CGUGGGGCUCCGGGCGGGCUCGGGGACCCGCUCAGCAGGUUGAUUAAGUGAAUAAAAAAAAAAAAAAAGAAAAACGAAGCUGCUUUCAAGUAUUGAAGAUACAAGGCCAGGAUGAACACGAAGGACACAAAAGUGACUGAAGGAGGUCUCAAUGUCACACUUACCAUACGCCUUCUCAUGCAUGGCAAGGAGGUUGGAAGCAUUAUCGGAAAGAAAGGUGAGACAGUUAAGAAGAUGAGGGAGGAGAGUGGUGCUCGAAUCAAUAUUUCAGAAGGCUCCUGUCCAGAGAGAAUUGUGACAAUAACAGGCCCAACAGAUGCAAUUUUUAAAGCUUUUUCUAUGAUUGCACUCAAAUUUGAAGAGGACAUAAAUGCUUCAAUGACAAACAGCACAGUGACAAGCAAACCGCCUGUAACACUGCGGCUCGUUGUCCCGGCAAGUCAAUGUGGAUCCCUUAUAGGAAAAGGAGGUUCCAAAAUCAAAGAAAUCAGGGAGUCCACAGGAGCCCAGGUGCAGGUAGCAGGGGACAUGUUGCCGAACUCGACGGAGCGCGCAGUGACUAUAUCGGGCACUCCCGAUGCCAUUAUCCAGUGUGUGAAACAAAUAUGUGUGGUUAUGCUGGAGUCCCCACCCAAAGGUGCCACCAUCCCCUACCGUCCCAAACCUGCCUCUGCACCUAUCAUUUUUGCAGGUGGCCAGGUAAGAGCAGACACCAUUUUGGCUUCAGCUGGAAACCACACCGUCUUGGCCCAACCUCAGCCAGCGCCUGCGUUCACGAUUCAGGGGCAGUAUGCCAUCCCUCAUCCAGACGUGAGUCCUGCGCAUUUGACCAAGCUUCACCAGUUGGCUAUGCAGCAUCCCCCCUUUACUCCCCUUGGGCAGACCACCCCUGGUUUCCCUGGACUGGAUGCCACUACUCCAACCAGUUCCCAUGAACUUACUAUUCCCAAUGAUUUAAUAGGCUGCAUUAUUGGCAGACAAGGCAGUAAGAUAAAUGAAAUCAGGCAGAUGUCAGGAGCGCAGAUCAAGAUUGCUAAUGCCACAGAAGGCUCUGCAGAACGACAAGUUACAAUCACAGGAUCCCCUGCAAACAUCAGCUUAGCACAGUACCUCAUUAAUGCAAGCAUAUACUUUCUCAAAUCUGAAUGUCUGGGAGAUGCUAUGCAAUCAAUGGUCCACGCAUAACUGAGAAGAUUCCUUCUAAACUGAAGAAUUAUCUGAAUGGCUAACGCUAGCAAAAUGUAUCCACCACUGCUUUUGUAUGAACAUUCGCCCUGUUUAUAGUGCUGACCACUUUAAAAUGAGCAAUGAUAAAUUUUUUUGCACCACUUUUCUUAGUAGUUGACAUAUCAGAAAUUAUUUACAAUUAAAAUUAAAAAACUAGCAAAUACUUUAGGGGAAGACUGAGAACACCAGGUAUCUUUAGUGACAGUCUUAUAUUGUACAAAACAGCAGAUAAAAACCUGUUCCAGGAAGACUUUCCAUGCAAUGCUAAACAGUAAAAAAUGGAAAUACAGAAAAAUUGUGGACAACUUACGUCUCUCACAAAAUCUUUUGUCAUUUUCCCAAAUUUUAGCGUUCCUCUCCAGUACAUUUAAGUUAACCAUAAAACCCAGGUUACCUACACUUUAUAGAUCCUUUUUGAAAAGGACAGACAAACAGUUGGUGUUUUGUUCUGUUUUUUUCAAGGUUAAAAUAUGAAUAUAUCUCAUCUGAAGAAAAGCCCAUAAUUACGUCCUGUUUGGAUACAGGAUGCUGAUGUGAGGUAUACGCUAUCUUACUUAAAUACAAUUUAACAAAUGUAACUAGAUAUAUAGAUGACUGGAUCCUGAUCAAAAGUGUUUUCAACUUAAUUUCCCGUAAGUGGAAAAUAGAAGGAACCUUUGCUCAUUUAUAAAGUGCAUUUAACCACACACUGCAUUGCAACAAACAACUGACAAAUGCAGAUGUCAGUCAUUCUGCAGAGCUGCAUGAAACUGUUGUUUUCCUUAUUGUGUAUAGGAUUUAGAAUCAAUAAAAAUAGAUUC